AUGAAACCACAAUGUGUUGUAUGUAUGAAGGUACUGACUUCAGAAUCUUUCAAAAAAAGUCAAUUGAAGAAACAUUUGGAUAGUUUGCAUCCACACCUGUCUUCCAAACCGCGAGAAUACUUUGAAAAUUUAGAAAUAUCCGCUAAAAAACAAAGAUUGAAUAGCAGUUGGUUUGGUGCAUUUGAUCAACGUUCAGCAUCAAUGGCUAGCUUUGAAGUAGCCUGGUUGAUCGCUCGAAAUAAGAAACCGCACACUAUUGGUGAAGAUUUGGUUAAACCAGCAGCUUUAAAAAUGGCACAGAUUAUGUGUGGUCAAAAAGAAGCGACAAAACUGAAUUUCUCGAGGAAAUGUUUUAAAUCGAGUAUGGAUUCUAAAAGCUGA